AUGAUGACCAGGCCAUAUGGGGACCCAGGAGACGUGAAAGACCUCAUGAGCUCUCUGGCAUGGAUGGAUGAAGACGUGAGCUCCCAGGAUGGAGAUGCAAUCCCAGUGAUGAGACUGUAUGAGUCUGGGGAUAAAACAGGGGAGGAGCUGGGGAGCGACGAUUUGGAGGAAGAGGAUGGGGAGGACGAGGAAGAGGGUGGACUGGUGGAAGGAGAGAAGACACAGAAAAGACGGGGACCCAAAAGGAAGAAGAUGACCAAGGCGCGCCUGGAGAGGUUACGCACGCGUCGCGUGAAAGCCAACGCUCGGGAGCGAUCGCGCAUGCACGGCCUGAACGACGCGCUGGAGAACCUGCGCAGCGUCAUGCCCUGCUACUCCAAGACUCAAAAGCUGUCCAAGAUCGAGACCCUGCGACUGGCCCGCAACUACAUCUGGGCCCUGUCUGAGGUGCUAGAGGGCGACCAGUCCACCAGGAGCCACAGCUUUCUGGAGACGCUGUGCAAGGGCCUCUCGCAGCCCACUAGCAACCUGGUGGCCGGCUGUCUGCAGCUGGGUCAGCUGCCAGUGCUGCCGGAGGGGCCUAGCGGUGACCAGCGUGCGCUAACUGUGCUAGCAGAGUCCAGGCCACGAGCGCUAACCUUCCGCUAUCCCUCUUUAAGCCUGCCCAGCCCUCCCUACGGCUCCAUGGAAGCCCCCCACCCCCUGAACUGUGCCGUGUACCAGAGCCCCUCCCCAAACGCACACUCUGGCAGCACUCCCCCUUACGAAGGAGCCCUCACGCCGCCACUCAGCAUUUGCAGCAGCUUCUCCCUGAAACAGGAGGUGUCCCCCCAGGAUCCAGAGAGGAGCCGUGGCCUGCAUCCGUCCCAUGCUGCCCGCUACCUGGCCCGGCAGCCCUCCCAGCCUGCCUUUCUGCCGAGUGCAGCCGCGGUUCGGGACCAGGCGGCCUAUCAGACGCCAUGCUUCGAGCUGACGCUGGACGUGCCCUUUGACCCCUACGGCUCGCCCCACGCCGUCACACCACAGAUGCAAACUGUUUUCGAUGAUUGA